UGUCCUGUGUUCAAGCAGCGUUUCAAUUCAUCCUCGGAUCACUAACCAUGUCAAGAACGUAUACUGAUAUAUUCUACAAAGAAUGUAAACUGUUGGACCAAAGCUUUGCCUUCGCCACUUCGUAUUGGUUUUACGACGUGGUAGCUAUGUAUAUGGUUUACUGCAGGGAGAAACAACUGAUGGAAACAACCUGGUCGACGUCUCUGAGAAGGUUUUUGCGAGAACAUCCCUUGGUGUGUGUCCAUCAUGUCCUGGUCGCUGCUGGGGGCUACCCCCUCGUACUGCAUUAUCGCUUUGGAAAGGCAGCUUUUAUGAUUGCUUGCGUGCAGGUCACCGAACUUAGCACACCGUUUAUCAACAUCAGAAAGAUCCUAAUCAAGCAUUGCAGCAUGGAUUCGAUGAUGUUCAAAGUCAACACUGUUGUUGCCUUAGCGACUUUCUUUCUGACGCGGAUUGUGCUCUUCCCAAACUUGUACGUCAUCUAUGCCUACUCAUACCACCUGACUUUGUGGGAGGUCGCGACCUCGAUGUAUUUUGGCUGUCAUCUUGUCAUGUUCUGUGUGACGUUAAUGCAGGUCACGUGGUUUGUGGGGUUGUUACUGCAGUUUCAAAAGAUCACAAACCGAAGGCAAUCAAGAACGGAUACCAAAAUGCGCACAGUGAACAGAAUGGCCCGGUGCAGAAUGGGCACCAAAACGGUCGUGAAAACGGGUAUACGAAGAAAUCGGAAUAGAUGUCUGCACUCUCGGUAGUGAUUAAUUGCGGUCAUGUGAUGCUUGACAUCAUAUGCUUUUUAUGGUUUCAUUUAGUAAUACAUAGAAAUUAUUUCCUAAUCAUGUCAAUUGUAAUUAUAC